AUGCUCCAAUCCCUUGUUCUUGCCCUCUCGCUCACCACCGUGGCCUCCGCGGCGGCCCUCGAGGCCCGCGCCGCCCGCACCUCUCCACCAGCCGGAUGCCUCGCCGUCGGCAGCUCCGCCACCUACAAGACGGUCCAAUCCGCCGUCAACGCGCUUAGCACGUCCUCCACCACAGCGCAGUGCAUCUUCAUCUACAAGGGCACGUACAAAGAACAAGUCUACAUCCCGCAGCUCAAGUCCGCCCUCACCCUGUACGGCGAGACCCCGGACGCCGGCAGCUUCGCGGCCAACACGGUGACCAUCACGCAGAGCAAGAGCCAGGACGACUCGUCCAACAACGACCUCACGGCCACCCUGCGCGCCCACACCACCAACCUGCGCGUCUACAACCUCAACCUUAUCAACACCCGCGGCAAGGGCUCCCAGGCGCUGGCCGUCAGCGCCCAGAAGGACCGGCAGGGCUUCUAUGCCUGCCAGUUCAGGGGCUUUCAGGACACCGUGCUGGCUAACGAGGGCGCGCAGGUGUAUGCAAAGAGCUACAUUGAGGGUGCGACCGAUUUUAUCUUUGGUCAGCGUGGGCGGGCGUGGUUUGAUGGCUCCGAUAUCCGCGUGCUGGCGGCGUCGGUGGGCUAUGUCACGGCGAGUGGUCGGGAUUCCGCGAGCAGUUCGUCGUAUUAUGUGAUUAACAAGUCGGCGAUUUCGGCCAAGGCGGGAGAUAACGUGCCCGGUGGUGCAUAUUAUUUGGGUCGGCCGUGGCGGAACUAUGCGCGGGUGGCGGUCCAGCAGACGAGCUUGUCCGGGGUGAUCAAUGGGGCUGGGUGGAAGAUCUGGAAUGAUGCAGGGGCACGCGGGACGUCGUCGUUGAGCGGGCCGCUUCUGCUUGCCCAGGGUCGAGGACGACGGGCGGCGGCGAAAGGGGCGGGCCGGGGGGUAGGGCCCGCCGCCGGAAGGGCCUGCAGGGGCGCCGGGUCGCGCCGUAGCUGUGCCCCGGCGAUGAUCAUGGGCGUGGGUGUUGAGACGGUGGGUCCCAGUGCGGGAGGGGUGCGGCGGCCUUCGUGGUGGUGGGGCGGUGUUUUGGGAUGCGAGGGAUGCGCCGUGGCCGGUGUUGAUGAGUUGGAGGGUGUGGAUGGUGGCUUCGAUUUCGGCUUGGCGGAAGGCGAGUUGGGCGCGGUGGAAUUCGGCGGGGGUGAGGGAGGCGUUGUGGGAGGGGGUUUCGACGGCGGUGAUGUCGAAGAGGAGGCGGGUGUGGUUGCGGUGGGGUUGGUUGGGGGGGUGGAUGAUGGUGCCGGGGGAGGAGCCGUCGCGGUGUUCAAGCAUGGCGACGAUGUGCCCGCGUGCUGCGAGUUCGCCGGCGAAGUGGGAGUAGUCGGUCCUGGCGGACACGGUGCCGUGGGAGAAGAUAAUGACCGGGUAGCCUCCGCUUGGCCCGUCCUUGCUUGGUUGGGCAUGUUCUUGUUCCUUGUUGGCAAGCUUCUCCUGGGACGUCGGUCUGGCGUAAUCGCUCAGGGGUGCAUCAACAGCAGCCGGGAUGGUGAUACCUCCGACCAAUGCGUUGAUGCCAAUGGUGAAAAGCUUGUCCGUAAACCAGUUGCUGAUAUGGGCAGCUCUGGCAUACCCCUGAGCUCGGAGGGAGAUGGGGUGCGGCACCCAGGGAUGGCGCUUUGUUUGGGCCGACGACGCCGCAGUAUCAUGGGCCACGGGGUAGUACAGCGAGAAAAGGACAGUCUCUAA